CUUUAACACUUACCCCUGCGCGCGUGCUUGGAAUGGAUCGGUCCGCUGGAGUGCGCUGAGUUCGGAGUGAAAAACUGCACUGAAAAGUCACCUGGUCGGCUUUGGACUACUAGUUUAUCAUUCAAACUCGAUAACUUAUCCGUUUUAACCUCGUCAGUGGAAUCAUUUCAUUAUUGACUGACAGCAGAAUUUUUCGCUGUAUUGCACCUCGAAUUGGAGCGCUGCAGUUGCCGGUUGGCUUUGCGUGCUCUGAUAAGGAUAACUCAAAGACAACUGAUGCAUGAUAGACUGUAACCAGACUGACUUCCCUUUAAACUCACACAGAACAGCACAUCAGGACUAAACAUUUAAUGUUACAGGGCAUUGAGUUUGUGAAGCGUUGCGCAGCAGCACAGUGGCUCCCCCUCAGGCCAGUCACAGUACUGCAGCAACACCCAGCCACAAAUCUGCUUCAUGGCCACAAGUCCAAACCUCUGCAGUACGUAUGACUGUUACUAAAGGGUGAGAAGGUAAACUUACAAUCAGGAGGCAGUGAGGUGAUGCGAAAGACCUAUGAUAUGGAGGUCAAAGGUCACCUGAUAACAGGUCCUGAGCUGCAGGCCGCUGUGGACAGUAAGCAGCGUGUGGAGCGGAUGGUGGAGCUGCAGGAGCGCCGGAGGAGUCUGCAGUCGCUGCUCAACACUCGAAUAGAAGAACUCAAACGUGUGUGUCUGCAGGAGGCGGAAUUAACAGGUGAAGUUCCUCAAGAAUAUCCUUUGGAAAGUGGAGAGAAACUCCCUCAUGUGCGGCGCAGGGCUGGUCUGUCCCGCAGCGGGUCCAAACAUAACACCAAAAAUGAGGAAGAGGACGUCUCUCAGCGCAAGACAAAGAAAACUCUGUUCAGCGGCGCCCUCCGCAGGCACGUCGAUUCAGAACAGCAUCCUCCACACAGCAAACGCACAGUUCAUAGAGGAUGCCACACAGAUAACACGGUGAAGACAGAGAGCAGCUCCACGUCUGAUUCCACCAAUCAGGACACUGAGGAUGCCUCUGAUGGCCUGUCACCCUCACAGCCCCGGCUGGUCUCGGGGAGCCCAGACAACAGGUUUUCUCAAAAACUCUCCCCAGUGGAGAUCUAUUACGAGAUGAAAACACGCCGCAACUCUGUGGCCAGCUCAGCCAGCCCGAGUCACUCUCUUCCAAGAAGUGUGUCGAAUCUGGAAGGUAGAAGUGUCCCGGCAACUCCGCUCCUGUCCCGCAAUGGAAUAACAGGAGUGCACAUCAGGUCAGAAUCCUCUAGUGGCACUGCUGCUGUGAAGCAGUGGUCAGACAAUCCCGAGGCGUCCCAUCAGGUGCCUCUGCAGUCUCAGGAGGGGUCGUCCUCAGGGUCCUAUGAGCAAGGGCACAGACGUAGCAAUAGCUCCGAGACAUUACUCGACCGGCAUGGCAUCACAGCGGAGGACGGAGGUCAAAGGUCAGGCAUGCCUGUACGGAACGGCCCGUACAAGAGCUCGGAAGCCAUCAUGGACACGACUUUAAAACAUGCACAGCGUAGCAGCCCCGAACGGCAGGUAAACGGGCACGCGGAGCUGGCCCGCGUUCACUCAGCCGCGGGAGGUCGAGGAACAAAUGGAGGUGUCGGUUACAGUGAAAUCCUCAUGGAUUAUGUGUGGGGGAAGCAGCAGAAGAUGCAAGCUCAGCAACAGCAAAGACUGCAGGUGCAAAGUAAUGCAAAAACCCGGCUGUGGGCCGACGGUGCCAGUGCUCCACCGCCUCCCUACAGGAACGGCUUUGCCCAAUCUCAGCAGCUUAUCCUAGGCAAUUGCCCUCCGGCCUACAGCCCUCUAAUGCUGAGAGGGAACCCCGGGGAGCCACGGAGAGUCAAAGUGUCACGCACCAAAUCCUGCGGCCCAUUCGUUCCCUUACAGCAGCACCAGCAAGAGUCUAUCCUGCUCUCUGCCUACACUGAAACCAACACCUCCAAUGGCACUAAUGCAACACAUAACCAGCAGAUCGACCGCCUCCACAGGCCACCUCAUUACCCUCUCGACUCCUCCGCACCCAUGACCCCCGAUGACCCCACGCGCAGCCUGCACAAGGCCCUGGCACUGGAGGGUUUGAGAGACUGGUAUCUGCGGAAUGCGCUGGGACAGACGGCCAACGGAGGGAAGGGCAAAGAGGGGAUGCAGACUCAGCGCAGGCGUACCACGACCUCUCUGCACAACUCACACCCCAAUCCGCCACUCAAACACCAGCCACAGUCCUUCCAAACAGACACGUCCUGUCCACACAUCCCCCAGUCAGCCACAUUUCAUGGACACCCUCUACACGGCAGGUCAAUGGAGCUUUCUUUGUACCAGGAUACCUUUUCUUCUAAAAUGCAAGAUAUGACACUUAAAGAGAGCAGUAAUGACGCACCCACGCCAGGCACGCUGGUCUGACACACAAACAAUAAAUAGACACAAACACAAAGAGACUACAGCAAACACCAGCUUAUGUGUGCAUGGAAUGGCAGACUGAGAGAAUGCCAUAAUGGACUAUUAAAGAGACUUUUUUGUUCCUUUCAGUGGUUAGAAUUGAGUAAUUCUGACGGAAAUCAAUCUAACAUCAAUGUUAUACUAACAUAUGCAAAGCUACCCUUGACAUGGAACAAAUACUCAUACUCAAGACCCUUUUCAGCAUGAAAUCAAGCUGUCUUCUAGUUUCAGGUCAUCUCUGGGUUCCUGCAGACUUCUUAUGUAGUUUCCCUUUUAAUCAGCAAAAGUAGUAGCAAGCUCUGGCAAAAGAGACAAUAUGUCAGCACAUUCCUAUCAGUGAACAAUAUGAGUUCAUUCUAUCACACUAUUUCCUUGAUAUGGAUUUGUCACAAAAUAUAUA